GACCCCGAGGGCUGGGGCGGCAAGAAGCUGCUGCGCCGCGGCGUCGGCCACGUCGGCGCCCUCGCCACGCGCCUCGCCCGCAUGCGCAUGUCCGUGCCCGGCGACACCGCCAACCGCCAGGCGCUGCUGGCGGCGACGCGCGAGGGCGGGGUGGGGCUGCUGGCGAGCUGCUGGGACGACGACAUGGCCCGGCGGCUGGCGUCGCUGCAGGCGAGGAUGGGGGACGAGCUGGCCUACCUGCUGCCCCACCCCGCGGGCAUGAACCCCAAGGCCUUCCGCAACCGCUACUCCCGCACCCCCCGCGCCCUCGGCGGCGGCGCCACCCACACGCGCCCCGUGCCGCCGGCCGCCAACGGGCUGCUGAUGGGUGAUCUCAUAUGGCGCUUCGUGGGGCUCGACCUGAAACAGCAGGCGCGGGUGGCGGCGGCGCUGGGCGUGGCGCGGCACGACGUGCUGGCAGACCUGCGGGCGCUCGCGGCAGCGACGGCGUUCCUCUGA